AUGUCGGAAUCAACUGCGCAACAAGGCUCUGCGCAGGCGCAACAACCGAAAGUUGAUCUCCAAGCAACGUACUCAAAUUACAAGAACACUCUGCAACAAAUAGCACAGAAGAUCGGUGAUAUCGAGCAGGAAGGAGAAGAGCACAAACUGGUACUCGAGACCUUGGAGCCACUUGAUGGCAGCCGCAAGUGCUACCGCUUGAUCAACGGUGUACUCGUGGAGAGGACAGUCGAGCAAGUUGUCCCUGCCCUGAAGACGAACCAGGAGGGUCUAAAGAAGGUCUUGGACGACAUGUUGAAGCAGUACAAGACGAAGCAGGAUGAGCUUGACAAGUGGAAGAAGAAGAACAAUGUUCAGGUAGUCCGUCAAUAA